AUGGAUCGCCUUAAUCGGAUGCUCCAGGCCGCGCAGUCCAUGGGGAUUGGAGCAGGCGGAGGCGCUCCAGGUGGUGAUACCCCAAACCUGAUUGAUAACUCCGAAACUGUCCACAUCUCUUCCUUGGCACUACUGAAGAUGCUACGACAUGGCCGCGCAGGUGUCCCGAUGGAGGUCAUGGGCCUGAUGCUGGGCGAGUUCGUUGAUGAAUACACAGUUCGGGUAGUGGAUGUCUUCGCUAUGCCCCAGAGCGGUACUGGUGUCAGUGUUGAGGCUGUGGAUCCCGUGUUCCAAACCAGAAUGAUGGAGAUGCUCCGGCAGACAGGACGGCCAGAAACUGUCGUUGGCUGGUACCACUCCCACCCCGGUUUCGGCUGCUGGCUCUCCUCGGUCGAUAUCAACACCCAACAAUCUUUCGAACAGCUCACACCGCGUGCCGUUGCCGUCGUUGUCGAUCCUAUCCAGUCAGUGAAGGGUAAGGUCGUCAUUGACGCCUUCCGUCUCAUCCAACCUCAGACUGUCGUCAUGGGCCAAGAACCUCGUCAGACUACAUCGAACUUGGGCCAUCUCAACAAGCCUUCAAUCCAGGCUCUGAUCCAUGGCCUUAACCGCCACUACUAUAGCAUUGGGAUUGAUUACCGCAAGACCGGAUUGGAAGAAAACAUGUUGAUGAACCUUCACAAGCACGUAUGGACGGAGGCCUUGGAGAUGAAGGACUUCCACGAGGAGGGUCAGCACAACGUGGAACAAAUGAAGCAGCUUGUUCUCCUCGCGGAGGGCUAUGAGAAGCGGAUCAAGGAAGAAACAGAGCUCAGCAAGGAUCAGUUGAAGACGAGAUAUGUUGGCAAGCUUGAUCCCAAGAAGCACAUCGAGGACGUAAGUCAACAGUUGAUCGAGGAUAACAUCGUUGCCGUCUCGCGGCAGAUGAUUGACAAGGAAGCUUCUGUGGCACGGCAAUCAUCCAAACAAGACACGAAUGGUGCCGCCAUGGAAGUCGACGAAGAUCUUUAG